CGGCUACUCGCAGACAAUGCCUGCGAGACGACCACCUCCUGGCGCGGCGCCGGGCGGCGGUGGAGGACGCCAGAUGCAGUUGAGGCCCGUGAAGAGCCCUGGAGGCAACGCAUACGCUUUUGUGUUGCCGUUUCUCCCGCCGACUUCCCUCCCUCCCGCGAUGGUCUGGAUAUUUACCUAAUGAUCAACAACGAAUUCGUCCUCUCCGCAAGGCCAACCGAGGCCUGCAGGCCUGGUGAGAUUGGUCUCACUGACGCGCAGCGUACUUGGGCCGGAGUCAGUCUUGGUCCGCACGACGUUGUGGUGACUUCACAGUAUGACCACUUUGGUCAGGGUGGAGGGGCAUACUUGGCAUCGAUUGAUGCGGAGGUCGGCUUUGCCGGCAGGAAGAUCACGGAGGCUCCAUAUGAUCAAGAUGAGCUCGCGCAGCUUUUUAUCAGGAACUUUGAGAACCAGGUCCUUGCCCCGGGGCAGCAACUUCUUAUGGACCACAAGAACAUUCCUCUCCGAUUGACGAUCAAGGCUGUUAAACUUGCGGAUAUGUCGAUGGAAAAGUCUGAUCCGAACGCGCCAACGGUGGCCGACCCUCGCGCUCGUGGUAUCCUCACUCGUCAAGCAUCGGUCGACUUCUACAAAGACGCCCGGACUGAGAUCAAGCUUAAGGCUUCGACCCGGAGACCGGCAGCGAACUCCAUCGUGCAGCCCGGCUUCAAAUUUGAGGAUAUGGGUAUCGGUGGUUUGGACACUGAAUUCAGCGCCAUCUUCCGGAGAGCUUUUGCUUCCCGUAUCUUCCCUCCUGGUCUUGUGGAGAAGCUUGGUAUCCAGCAUGUUAGGGGUAUGCUUUUGUAUGGCCCUCCGGGUACCGGUAAGACGCUUAUUGCGAGACAAAUCGGUAAGAUGUUGAACGCCAGGGAGCCGAAGGUUAUCAACGGUCCUGAAGUGUUGAACAAGUUUGUCGGUCAAUCUGAAGAGAACAUUCGUAAGCUCUUUGCGGAUGCCGAGAAAGAAUACAAAGAGAAGGGCGACGAGAGUGACCUCCACAUUAUCAUCUUCGAUGAAUUGGAUGCUGUAUGCAAGCAGAGAGGAAGUGGCGCCGGCGGCGGAACUGGUGUCGGUGACAGUGUUGUCAACCAGCUGCUGUCGAAACUGGACGGUGUGGAUCAGCUGAACAACAUCCUGCUCAUCGGUAUGACCAACCGUAUGGACAUGAUUGAUGAUGCGCUUCUCCGUCCCGGCCGUCUGGAAGUUCACAUGGAGAUCUCUCUGCCGGACGAGUAUGGUCGUACGCAGAUUUUAAAGAUUCACACGACGAAGAUGCGGGACAACAACGUCAUGGCCGACGAUGUAGACCUGGCCGAGCUCGCAAGAUUGACCAAGAACUUUUCUGGUGCGGAGAUCAACGGUCUCGUCAAGGCGGCGUCGUCGUUUGCUUUUAGCAGGCACAUCAAGGUCGGCACGAUGGCUUCCAUUUCCGACGACGUGGUCAAUAUGAAGGUCAACCGCGAGGAUUUCCUCCACGCCCUGGACGAGGUGCAACCGGCCUUUGGUGUUGCGGAGGAAGAGCUUCAGAAGUGCAUCAUGGGCGGCAUCAUCCACUACUCGAAGAUUGUCCGGUCGAUCCUCAACGAGGGCCAGCUGUUCAUCAACCAGGUGCGCAACGGCGGGUCACCCUUGUUGUCGGUUGCGCUGCACGGCCCGCCGGGAAGUGGAAAGACGGCGCUCGCUGCGGAGCUGGCGCUCAAGUCCGAGUUCCCAUUUAUUAAGCUCAUCAGCCCCGAGAACAUGGUCGGUUUCAGCGAGAUGCAGAAGGUGCAGCAGCUGGAUAAGAUCUUCCGGGACGCUUACAAGAGUCCCCUGAACGUGCUUGUCAUUGACAACAUCGAGCUGCUGGUGGACUGGGUGCCGAUUGGCCCGCGGUUCAGCAACACGGUUCUCGUUGCGCUGAAAGUGCUGCUCUCGAAGCAGCCACCAAAGAACCGGCGGCUGCUCAUCCUGGCCACGACGACCGAGCGGUCGGUGCUGCAGCAACUGGACCUCUUCCACCGGUUCGACGCCGAGAUCGCCGUGCCCAACGUCAACAAGCAGGACGAGCUGGCGCACAUUCUGCAAGAGUCGGGGGCGUUUGCGGGGCCGGAGCAGGUGCACACGGCGCUGGACGAGAUUGCGGCGACGACGGGCAGCGCCGACAUUGGUGUCGGCAUCAAGAAGAUCCUGACAGGCAUUGAGACGGCCAAGCAGGACCCGCAGGACAUGGCUGGCCGGUUCGCCUCGGUCAUGGCGCAGGCGAUCGCGGCGCGCGGGUUUGCAUGAUCGGGGGUUGCCCUGCUAGCUAGUGGGCGUGGAGGGUUGGCGCCGCUGUAGUAGAAGUUGUAGUGCUGCUGCUGGCUGUGGCAGCGGCGGUAGUGGGAGGAGUACUAGAGUAGAGUAGACUGGCGGGGUGGGGGCGGUGCAGGCGCGGACGCGGCCGAAGGCGUGGCUUUCAGCGCUGCGGCCGGCGCCGCGCUGCUAGUACUUCGUACAUAGCUAGCUGCUGCUGCUGUGC